GGUAGACUUUGUCCGUCGUCAACAAUGGAGGUAGAUUCAAAAUGGCUCCUUCCAGUGCGAAAGGUUUUCUAAGUCUGCCCGUGAAAUUUUCGGCUGAAAGCAGUGCUUCACACUUUUUAUUCUUCAAAGAACACAACAUCCGAGAAACAGACAAUAAGAAGCCACUUGGGAGGACACUUUUUGUCGUAGGGGUGCCUCCUUGUGCAGAUAAAGGAUCACUUCGGCGCCUGUUCACAGAAUUUGGAAAUGUGUCCUCCGUUUUACUUCAAAAGGUACCGUCUUCUGGUCAGGCAGAAGUUGGAAAGGCCAAGUUUUUCUCGGAACGGAGCUCUAUAAAUGGUUUUAAGGUAGCUUAUGUUGUGUUUCAAUCUACAGAAGGACUUGAAAGCGCACUGGCUGCCAACACGUCGGAACCGCGUGUGCUGUGUUCAGGAGAAGCACCAAUAUCUGUGGGGAUGCAAAAAUGGUGUGACGACUACAAGUCGUCUUUUGUAGACGUUGACCAACUUCAGAGAAAAGUCGAUGCCUACAUGGAAGAUUAUGAUAAGCGAAUAGAAGAAGAGAAGACUCGCGCAAAGGAAACCGAAGGAGUGCCUGACGAAGAGGGUUGGACGACAGUGACCAAAUACGGAAAGAGACCUGUGAUACCGCGAACUGAUGCGAUUGCAAAGAAAAUCGAUGUGCUAGAAAAGAAGAAACGCUCACGAAAGGAGCUCCUGAACUUCUACACAUUUCAAAUACGACAAUCGAAGAUGGACCACAUUGCAAAUCUGAGGAAAAAGUUUGAAGAAGAUAAAAAGCGAAUAGCAAUAAUGAAAUCAGCCAGACGGUUCAAGCCAGUGUAGUGCAAUGGAAUGGUUUCUUGUUUCAAAUGAGCAUUACAAUAUUUUAUGGUA